AUGUUGAUCUCCUGUCUCAUCGCUUUAUCGCUGCUCACUCUGUUCACAGGAAUUCAACAAUACGGACAAGCGACUUGGGCAAGCUACGGAACGAUCGGCGCUCUCGUUUUGUACAUGUGCGUGUAUGGGGUCGGCUCGCCGAUUCCCUGGAUGAUCACCGGAGAGCUUUUCAAUCAACAUUUCCGUUCAACGGCUGUCACGGUCUCGGUCUUCGUCGCUUUCUUCAUGACGAUGAUUAUCUCAUCAGCGUAUCUACCAUUUCAACAGAUGGUCGGUGUCACGUUCAGCUACAUGCCUUUCAUUGUGGGCAGUUGUAUCUCGAUUGUCGUUCUCUACUUCAUUCUACCCGAAACAAAGAAUCGUGAUGUGAACGACAUUGUGAAUGAAGCGAGAGCUCGGAAUCACUCGCUCAGUCUCGGAAUGCCGUGGAAUACGCUGUCGAAAGAGGGACGGACUGAGAACAAACACAUAGAGGCACUAAACCCA